AUGAGCUGCUUGGAUGUUAUGUAUCAAGUGUAUGGUCCACCACCUCAGCCUUAUUUUUCUGCAGCAUAUAGCCCAUAUCAUCACCAGAAAUUGGCAUUUUAUUCCAAAAUGCAAGAAGCGCAAGAGAGCAUCAGCGGGAGCAGCUCGUUCUCGAACCUCGCGGGUCCGACGAUAAAGGAGGAGGACUGCGCGCGCGAGAAAGAUCACCCUCCGGAGGCCGAGUACCUGAACUCGCGGUGCGUGCUCUUCACCUACUUCCAGGGGGACAUCAGCUCAGUGGUGGACGAGCACUUCAGCCGGGCCCUCAACCAGCCCACCAGCUACGUCCCCGGGUCGGUCAGCAACAAGUCCAUACGAGGUAGACCUACAUCCACCUCUCGGAGAGAUGGAUCAUUCCCGAUGAGCCAGAGGAGUUUCCCUCCGUCCUUCUGGAACAGUGCGUACCAGCCCUCCUCCAUGAGCAGUGCCUUAGGAGCCUCCCACUCAGAGAUACCCUUCCCUGGGGACCCUUACUCCUCCGCCACCCUACACAGCCACCUCCACCAUGCUACCCCAGAGCCCUGGCACCACUCACACCACCACCACCACCACCACCCCUACUCACUUGGCGGGGCCAUCGGCACCCAGGGCUCCACCUACCCUCGACCCAGCAUGCAUGAGGUGUAUGGCACGCACUUUGACCCCCGCUACAGUUCUCUGCUGGUGCCCUCCGUACGGCCGCUCCGGCUCCCUCAAUCCACUGUCCCCGGGCCGAGCGCCUCACCGUGUGACAUUGGGAAGAGUGAGCCAACCAGCUCGGCCUGGACCGGGACCUUCACCGGGGCAGGGGCAGACAUCAGCCAGAGCAUCGGCCUCAAUGUAGACGCAGCUCGACGCUACACCCUCUGUGGCGGAAAAAUCCUCAGCUGA